GUAAUCAAAGCCGUUAGAAUUUCUGCUCAAAUCGCAUUAGUGGAAAAAAAGAAAGAAGCGUGGGGACCAGUAAUAAAAUUCGAACAAGAGGUCAAGGUUCUCAAAACCCACCGAAAUGUUCAUUCAAAUCCAUAUACCAACAAUUCUUCAUUUGUAAAA